CACACCUCCUUCCUGGCUAGGCCCCCCAGGAUGCCAUGGCGCAGUCUCCCCGGCUGAGCCGCUCUAGUGCGCCCUCCCUUUGGGACCCAGCUUCCCCUGCUCCCACCUCAGGCACCAGGCCUCGGCUGUGGGAGGGUCAAGAUGUACUGGCCAGAUGGACAGAUGGGCUGCUCUACUUGGGCACCAUCAAGAAGGUGGACAGCACUCGGGAGGUGUGUCUGGUCCAGUUUGAGGAUGACUCCCAGUUUCUGGUUCUAUGGAAAGACAUUAGCCCUGCUGCCCUGCCCGGAGAGGAACUCAUCUGCUGCGUCUGUCGAUCUGAAGCAGUGGCCCCUGGGAACCGGCUGGUCAGCUGUGAGAAGUGUCGCCACGCUUAUCACCAGGACUGCCAUGUUCCCAGGGCCCCAGCCCCUGGUGAGGGAGAUGGCACCUCCUGGGUGUGCCGCCAGUGCAUCUUUGCAAUCGCCACCAAGAGAGGAGGUGCACUGAAGAAGGGCCCCUAUGCCAGGGCCAUGCUGGGCAUGAAGCUGUCACUGCCCUAUGGACUCAAAGGGCUGGACUGGGAUGCCGGGCACCUGAGCAACCGACAGCAGAGCUACUGCUACUGCGGUGGCCCUGGGGAGUGGAACCUGAAGAUGCUGCAGUGUCAGAGCUGCCUGCAAUGGUUCCACGAGGCCUGCACCCAGUGUCUGAGCAAGCCCCUCCUCUAUGGGGACAGGUUCUAUGAAUUUGAAUGCUGCGUGUGCCGGGGGGGCCCUGAGAAAGUUCGAAGGCUACAACUCCGCUGGGUUGACGUGGCCCAUCUUGUCCUCUACCACCUGAGCGUCUGCUGUAAGAAGAAAUACUUUGAUUUUGACCGCGAGAUCCUCCCCUUCACCUUUGAGAACUGGGACAGUUUGCUCCUGGGGGAGCUUUCAGACACUCCCAAGGGAGAGCGUUCUUCUAAGCUUCUCUCUGCUCUUAACAGUCACAAGGAUCGUUUCAUUUCAGGACGAGAGAUCAAAAAGAGAAAAUGUUUAUUUGGCCUCCAUGCUCGCAUCCCUCCUCCUGUGGAGUCCCCUCCUGGAGAUGGAGCGCCAACCAGCUUCCCUUCAGGGCAGGGCCCUGGGGGAGGGGUCUCACGUCCCCUGGGGAAGCGUCGGAGGCUGGAGCCGGAGCCGGAGCCAGAGCUGGAGCCGGAGCCAGAGCCCCCAAGAAAGAGACCGAAGGGGAAAGUGGAGGAGCUGGGGCCACCCUCAGCAGUGCGCCAGCAGCCCGAGAUGGAGAUCCUAGAGCAGAGAGAGCGGGCUCGUAUGCAGAGGGCACUGCAGGCCUCUGUGUCUCCACCACCCUCCAGCCCUAACCAGAGUUACCAGGGCAGCAGCGGCUACAACUUCCGGCCCACAGAUGCCCGCUGCCUGCCCAGCAGCCCUAUCCGGAUGUUCGCCUCCUUCCACCCUUCUGCCAGCACUGCAGGGACCUCUGGGGAGGGUGAACCCCCAGACAGGUCACCCCUGGAACUUCACAUUGGUUUCCCCACAGACAUCCCUCAAAGUGCCCCCCACUCGAUGACUGCCUCAUCUUCCUCAGCCCCAAUCCUGCCCCCAGGUCCUCCUAGCCACUCAGCGCCUCCUUCAACCCUGUGCCGUGGCUUGUCUCCUGGGACUGGGGGAGGGGGCCGCGGUGGAGUUGGCUACCUGUCCCGAGGGGACCCUGUACGGAUACUUGCUCGGCGGAUACUGCCUGAUGGCUCCGUGCAGUACCUGGUGGAGUGGGGCGGAGGAGGCAUUUUCUGAACAGUCCCGCUUCCGCCUACUUCCCUGCUUAUUACACGGCGGCACUUUGACACCCUGACCUCUCACCUCACCUACAGCUGGGAUGUACCUGGGGAGAUGGGGGGGAGGUCGUCCUCCCGACUAUCCAGGCUGGAAUCGGGAUUGGGGCGGGGAAGAGACUGUCUCUUCUCUGCCCCCUUCAGGAUUCCUCACCACCCCCACAUCUUCCCCUUUCCUUCUAUGUUACUUUGUUAUAGCUUUUUAAAUAUUUUUUAAAAUUAUUUAACCCCUGGGUGCAAAGACUUGAAGAGGGGAAGGGGAUGAGAUGAGCUUCUGGACUCUAUCAUGGUUGAAAUAAAGAGACAAUAACAAACCAA